AUGUGGCGGUGCGUCCUGCUGUGGAAGCUGCUUCUGCUUUUUGUGAUGAACAGAACUGCGGCUGGAGCCUCUUUCUACGGAGAUGGUUUCGUGCAGCUGAAAACCGUGGAAUCUUCCAGAAGAAAUUCCCUCCAUGUGCGAUUUCGGACCUCCAGCGCAGACGGGCUGCUCUUCCUGGCUACCGGGGAGACAGAUUUCCUCUGGGUGGCGCUACAGGCAGGACGCAUUCAGGUGCAGAUUGAACUGGGAUCAGGAGAACGCACCCUUCGAUCAGAGAAAGUGGCUCUCCUGAACGACCUUACCUGGCACUCUGUUGAACUCCAACACCAUGACCACAAUGUCAUCCUGACUGUCGACAAAAGCUUCCUGAGCAGACUGUGGAUGCCCGGGCCUGACCUGGAGCUCAGCAUUCAGGACGGACUUUACGUCGGUGGUUUUGAGAAUUCAGAUAAGCUCUACCUUUUCAAUGAUAUAUCUCAAAUGGGCUUUCGUGGCUGUCUGGAUGAAGUUAUAUUUAACGAACACAACCUGCUUUCAUCCUUAAGGCCUUACUCUGGAUAUAAAAUGGUCCACGAGGUGUCUUUGGGCUGCAGCCCACAGUUUUCAGCCUCUGUGAACGACUCGAUCAGUUUCUUCAGUUCCAAAGCAUACAUGUCCCUGCCAAUGUGGGAGGUUCCCCAGGAAGGUAUUUUUGAGUGUGAGUUUUAUACGUCAGCUGAAGAUGGGCUUCUCUUGUACAGCUUUGUGGGGAAGGGGGACUACGUGGCUUUGGCAAUACGACACAAGCACCUUGUUGCUGUUGUUAGAGUAGAUGGUAGUAAGACAGCUUUAAGCUCCAUAACAGUUGUGAGUGAAGAAGGUUGGCACUCGGUGAGGCUCUAUGUAGCACCUAGGGUCCUUCAGUUAACCGUUGAUGAGGAGAUCUUGAAUUCUAGCUUUGGAGCUAAAGCCAUGCCUCUCCAGCUUGAUGGACCCCUCUUCUUGGGUGGGGUGGAUGCAAGCACAUUUUCAGAAGUACAUAGAAAUGGUUUGCUCUCUGGAGUAUCAAAGCACAUCAGUGGUGGCUCCUUUAAAGGCUGUUUUAGAAAUAUCAGAGUCAAUGGUCAAAAAAUGGGCCUGCCCAAUGCUCUGGUGACCAAAGAUAUUUCUGUCAGUUGUGAGCCUGUGAAACAUGUCAAACCCAUCACCACAGCAAAUCCAGAGACUUUUCAGCCAGAUACUCCUCAAUUAGACAAGACAAAGGCUCAGAACUUUUUACUUCUCAAAGAUCUGGAGGUCCUUGAGGGUGGACGAGCACCACUUGAGUCAAAGCACAUUAAGUUGAACCUGGAAUUCCAGAAGCUUGGGAUACGGCAGUCCCAGAUCAUAUUCCAUAUCGAGGAGCAACCAGUCCAUGGGCAGCUGAGGCUUGAUGUUGAUCCUGAUCAACAGGAAAAUACCUUCAGUAUUCUGGAUCUAUGGCAUGGUCGGGUCAUGUAUGUUCAUGGAGGCUCAGAAGAUCCUCAGGAUUUCUUCAUGUUUUCUGUUUUCACCACCAGCACCAAUAAAGAGAUGCUUGGUUAUUUGAAGGGGAGCCACUUGCACAGGUUUAACAUCAUUGUCACGCCUAUUAACGAUGCCCCAGAACUCAGCCUUCCAGAGGGAAACAUUUUUAUUCUCCUAGAGAACUCCAAGCAGCAUUUGAGCAUAGACAUGCUAAGAGCUACUGACCCUGAUAGUAACUACACACAACUGGUAUUCUCUCUACUCGGGAACCUAAUUACAGGCGCUGGAUUCCUGGAACUUGCAGAUAAUCCAGGACAACCUGUGACCUCAUUCUCCUACUUAGAUUUGGAACAGGGUAAGGUGAGUUUCGUCCACAAAGGCAUCAAGAACUCGAGGAUGGCCAUCAGAGUGAGUGAUGGAGAAAAAGUGAGCAAUACGGUCGUGUUGAGAAUUAUGGCUGUCACCUUGGAGUACAAAGUUGUAAAUAACACUGGCGUGGAUGUGAUCCAGGGUGGCGCUUCUCACAUUGGUAGUAAACAUUUAGCUGUGCAAGUGAACGUGGCCAAGCAAGCGAUCAAUAUCCGGUACGAUGUCCUAGACCCACCUGUCUACGGUGAGCUGCAACGGCUACAUUCCAGUGGUGAGUGGAAGCAGACUAGUACCUUUACCCAGAAACUUCUAGAAAAGGGUCGACUCAGGUAUCUCAGCACCUUCCAUGGUCCCCAGUUAAAAAAUGUAACUGAUGGGUUCAAAUGCAAAAUCAGCAUUGGCUCUGCGUCUACAGACGAGGUUCUGGUUCAUAUAAGGGUCCGAUGGAUUCAUUACAAAGUCACUAGGAGUAAAAUGGAGGUGAAAGAUGAUCGUAAAGUCACAUUGACACCUCAGGAAUUUAGAAUAGUCUCCAAGAAUGUGAAACUGUCCGAGAACAAUAUUCACAUCCGCUUGUUGUCUUUACCAAGGAGAGGCGUCCUGCUUUUCAAUGACAAGCCCCUAAAAAAGAACUCUACUUUCAGCCAAAUGAACAUCGCUGAUCAUAAGGUGCAGUAUAAACUGUUUGAAAAGCCAAACAAAGACCUGAGGGACAUGUUCAGCUUCCAGGUGUUUUCGGAAUACUCCUAUUCCGGGAGACAUGACUUCAGGAUCAGCGUCAAAGCCGAUGUUCACAGCAUAGUUCUGAGAAAUCAUGGAUUUUCUGUCUUGGAAGGUGAGAGUAAGAUCAUAACCAAGGACAAUCUUUUCUCUGAGGCUUUGGGCUCUGGAGCUGUACGUUACACCAUCAGAAGCAGCCCUCAACAUGGGAAACUAAUCCAAAUCAACAACUCCAGCAACAAUAUCAUGGAGUUCACGAACCAGGACAUUCUGGAGGAACGCAUCUUGUACGUUCAUGAUGAUAGUGAAACAACACAUGAUGCAUUUACGUUCCGUGCUUCGGCAUCAUCUCUGAAAGAUGCUGAAGACAUUUUCAACAUCUCCAUUCAGUUAGUGAAUGAUCAAAAACCUGUUCGUGUUGUAGAUAAAGUCUUCCACGUUGCACGGGAAAGUCAGAGGCUCCUGACGUUGGAGGAUCUCUGCUACCAUGACCCUGAUUCGGACUAUGAUGACGGACAGCUGCUUUAUACCAGACGGGGAAUCUUGGUGGGCGAGCUAGUCUUGGUGAAUGAUACCUCGCACAAGCUUUAUCAGUUCCAUCAAAGAGAUCUGGAGGAAAAGAGAGUUCUGUUUGUCCAUAGAGGUGCGAGCUUUGGACGCUUUGUACUUUUUGUAUCUGAUGGAAAGCAUUAUACUUCAACGCUGCUGGAAGUCAGCGCCCAGGAUCCUUAUUUAAAGGUCGCCAACAACACUGGCUUACUAGUCCAAAAGGGACAGGAAGUAAUUUUACGAUCAGUCAACUUCAGUGUCAUGACCAACACCGAUGUCCGAAGUGAUGAGGAUGUCCUUUUUGAGAUAUUUCAUCCUCCGAGUCAUGGCAUUCUACUUUGUGAAGCGAUUGAGGCUGAUGCUUUCACGCAGUAUGACUUGAAAGCGGGUCAUGUAGUCUAUCGCCAUGACGAUAGCAGGAACCUUAUGGACUCCUUUAGCCUCACAGCUACGAUAAACGGGAUGCACUUGGAUGUGACUGUAGCAGUGAAGGUGUACCUCGAGAGCCACCAGAAACCUCCGCAAGUCAUACGCAACCACACUGUCGUGGUGGAAGAAGGAAAACCUGUUCAAAUUCACAAAAAGGAGCUGGAGGUAGUUCAUGAGGAUUAUACACCAGAUGAGAUCAUGUACACCAUGAAAACACCUCCAUCGCAUGGCUUCCUGAGGCGUCGUCACAUAGAUGGAGAGAACCGUUACGAUGGAACGGUUGAAAAGUUCUCACAGUGGGACAUUAAUGCUGGCCACAUCCAGUACGUCCAGGAGAAACCUGGACACACCAACGACUCUUUCUCACUGGACGUCACUAACGGGGUUUUAACAGUCAGCGAUCUGGUGGUGUUUGUGGAGAUCAUUCCUUUCUUCCUUCCACUCAAAGUGUCAAAUAUAACCUUGAAGGAAGGAUCUUCAAAAGCUCUAACUCAAGACAUAAUCAAGGUCCCGGGCCGACACUUUGCAGAACUUCACAUCCAGUACCAUGUGAUCGAAGGCCCACAUCAUGGCUGUAUCAAGCACUCCAGGAUCCCUGGGAUUCCGAUCCUGUUUUUCACUAGGGUGCAGGUUGAACACGAGUUCAUAUCGUACGUCCAUGACGGCAGCGAGACGACGGCAGAUAAUUUCACGCUGGUCGCCAAUGACACAGACGUCCAUAAGCAGAGCAUGCCUUGUGUCAUACACGUGAAUGUCACGCCUGUUAACGACGAGGCUCCAGUUAUAAUCAUCAACAAGAUGCUGAGGGUGUGGGUGGACUCUGUGACCGAAAUCACCAGUGAUGACCUCAGCGCUUCCGACCGCGACUCCGCCCCCGAGAGCCUGGAGUUCAUCAUCAUGCCCCCCAGUAAUGGACACCUUGCCCUGAAGAGCGCCCCCUCCAGACCAAUCCUGAACUUCACCCAGGCUGAGAUCCAGCGCCGUCAGCUGGUGUUCGUACACAGCGGUGCCAUGGUUGGUGGAUUUCAUUUCCAGGUGAACGACGGAGUCAAUUUUGCACCGAGGCAAAUUUUCAGCGUCACCGCCCGAUCCCUGGCGCUCAGCCUGGAGAGGAACCGGGAACUGAAAGUGUUUCCAGGUUGCUCAAAAGUAAUUUCCAUCGAAGAUUUGUUCAUUGCCACUAAUGACUAUGAUGAUGUUUGGGAGAAUCGCACCAUUGUCUAUUCCGUGACCUCACCUCCAAGAAUCGGCAGGCUGAUCAGGGCCCAAGGCAACGAUUCCACAGAGACCGAGCUGAUAUUUAUGUUCACUCAAAACAUGUUAAAGGACGGUUUGGUCGUAUAUGAACACACUGAGCCAAUAGCAUGGACAGCGACAGACUCCUUCAUCUUUACUGCAUCUUGUCCUCCUGCUUCCUUUCCACCUCACACUUUUAACAUCCACAUAUCCUACGAUAACACAAGUCCAGAACACAGGAGCGUCCUACUCGCCAACACAGGUGCUGUCGUGGUCGAAGGCAGUUGGACUGUGAUCAAUAAGUCAAAACUGGAUGCCUCAAAUCUUUUGGGAAAGCUACCUGAAGAAGAACGAGACUCCUACGAAAUCUGGUACCGAGUCACCACGCUACCACGCUUUGGGACAAUUGUUGUAGGUGAACGUAAUCUGACCCACGAGAAACCCGACUUCUCCCAGGUCAUCCUCAACAAAUAUGGCAUCACGUAUAUGCACGAUGACUCAGAGACCUUCUUUGACAGUUUCAGUUUUGAUGCAUGGUUAAAUCUUAAAAGGAAACCUGCUCAGCCACCCCAUGAGAAAGACCUUAUGGUCUCAGAGUCUUUUAAUAUCACUGUAACACCUGUGAAUGAUCUGCCUCCCUUACUCAAAACUCAAACUCCCAGUCUCGUGGUGGUCAAAGGAGACACUGUAGCCUUAGGUCCUGAAAACCUUCAUGUGGAAGACCUGGACACUUUACCUGAGGACAUCCAGUACACUGUGGUCAGCAAACCUACCAAUGGAUUCCUGGCCCUGGAUGGUAGGCUAAAUGAAUCUACCAUGACGUUUACCCAGGCUGAUGUGAACAAGGGAAGGGUGCAUUUUGUUCAAGAAGGGCAUCCAACCUCAGGAACAUUCUACUUCAGUGUAACUGAUGGCUUCCAUCGUCCACCCUACAAGCUCUUCAACCUUGAAGUUCACAAUGUCACAGUCAGUGUUGUAAAUAAUACUGGAUUGACUCUGGUGCAAGGGCAGACUACAGGGAUCCUGACAUGUCAGCACUUGGCUGUAGUGACCAACAAGAAAAACACAACCAUAAAGUAUUACAUUACAACAACACCAAGUCAUGGCAGGCUUGUGAUUAAGGAAGAACAAAUCGCACACUUUGACCAGGAGAAACUUUGUCUGGGGAAGGUUUUGUAUCAAAUGACAGACGUGUCCUCUUCUCGAGACAGCUUUCAGUUCACUGUUGUCACCUCUGAGAGCAACCUGACCAAUCAAGUGUUUAAUAUCACAGUGAAGCCGCUGAUCCACCUCGGAAAACAAGUCCGUAUCCCUGAUGGUGUUCCCGUUAAGAUAAGAAAGGAUGUUUUAGAUGCCACCGAGCUGGCAUCCAUCAGUGGCAGUGACCCGAUAUUUGAAAUUCUUGUUCCUCCAAAAUAUGGCAAGCUAGUAAAGGUAACAGUGAACCUAGGAGGUGCAUCAGAGUCUAUAGAAUCCUUUACCUUUAGAGAUGUUGAACAAGGCAGAAUUGCCAUUCAGGAGCACCUUAAUGUUCCAGCUAUACAUGGUAACACAACAGCUGUUGUGCAUAACAAAACUGCAUCUGCACUUGAAGACUCAUUUGUGUUCCUUUUGAAAGCAGAAAAUGUUCAGCCUGCCAGAGGAGAGUUUGUUUUCAUGGUUGUACCCUAUGACACAAUGAGAAGAAAACAUGUUUCAGGAGCUCCAGUUCAUCCAACCAUACAUCCUGCUCUUAACAGAACAAGCAAUGUUGUUUCACACAUGAACGAGCCAUCACACAUGCACCCAACCAAAAGGCCACGUUGGGUACCACCAAAGACCAAGACACAAAACCGUUCAGGGAACCAUACACGAGGAAAAGUGACAGUUUCUAACGCACCCAAGACCACAUCAGGCAGACACAACGAUCCUCUCAGGACAACACCAAUCAGGGUAGAGUCUUUGCCAAGACCUGCAUCUGAUCCACUGCUUAUUAUUCUACCCUUCCUAGCUUGCCUGUUUCUUAUCAUCAUCCUAGUUGGUUUAAUCCUGGUUUUCAGGCACAGGAAAGAGAAGCGGGCUCAAGCUUCCAUGAUCCAAGACCUGCCAGGGAACCCUGUGGAAGACAUUGGGUCUCCAAGCCCUUAUCUGGGACAGCCUGAGAGAAGUCUAACCAUUCCCUCUGUUGUAGUGACCCCACUUAUGCCGAGGUGUCCUAGAAGCCCUGUUUUAGAGGCAGCACAUAAUGGGGCUUUGGUACCAGCAAUAGCACUCCCUGACUCUCCAAUGCUUGUCGGUCCAUGGACUCCCAUGGAUCCUGAGGGAACACCACAGUCCUCUCCUGGUACACCAACUCUGAGACAAAAUCAAUACUGGGUUUAA